CAUUCGUUUAGCGUCCUGAGAUUAACGUUUACUUCUGGGCUUGGAAUCGAUUCAUCUCAAUAACAUCAUAAUUCGAUAACGUGAAGAGUCAUCCAGUUAAACGCAGUUAAGAUGUGUGCCUCAUCACAAUUUAUUCUCUAUAACAUCGAGAUAACAUGAUUAGUGUGAGAGAAUAGACAAAAUAAAAAGAAACCCAUAGCUGUGAUCUCUUUAAAUGCAUUGUGUACACUGAGACGUUCACACAUGCAGUGGCGGGACAUAGCGCGCGACAUCGAUAGUAACAGAAGCGAUUGUGAGCACGUGCUUCGCUUCCUCUAUCCGCUUGUACUGUAACACGUGGCCCAUAAUAUCGUAAGACAGAGAUUCGUUGACUUUGAAAUCGCUGGAGUAGAACGGGAAACUGCGGGUUUUCUUGUCAUCUAUAGCCUUCACUGGCUUGAGUGAGUACGACUGAAUGUUUAUGUUACAAUGAUAACAACUGAUGGCUUCGACAACUGAUUUGGCGGUUUAUGGCAUGCUUUACAAGUAACCGCUGUAACGGGUGUUUAUUUUACGACAAACAAAAACGUCAAGCUUGUGUAAUUUUUUGGGACUUGGUCAUUAAAAAUCAGACUGCCUCGAUUCACUGACAGCACAGUGCAGAACGCACUGAAGUGAGAUUUUGUUGGAUCAUCCGAAACGUAAGGCGUCUUCUUUUGUUACAGUGGGCAGAUUUUGUGCUUGUGCAAAAUAACAAUCUAAGUACAAAGGAAUUAAUGUUUCUUAUAUUGUUAGCAACUAGAGUUAAAGAAAGAAAAGUUCAGCGCUUAUGAGGAGAAAAAAACAACGAGUUGUUACAGCAUGGAGUUUCCGGAUUUUACCUAAAAUGAUAACACCUUAAACGAUCAAUUUCUUUGCUGAAAUUUGCAUCUAAUGAAUAGUCGUGUGAUUGGAUACAGUGAGUUGUGGAGAAACCUUUGAUAGAUAGAAGUUGAUAGCGGUCCAUUACUGUCAACCCAUGCUCUACUGCUAGAUACCGUUCUUGAUAGAGUGUUCCAUUGGACCGCGGGUGGUAUGCUGCAACGAUUGAAAUGGCUAUUUAUCGCAUUCAUAUGGAUUUUACAAGUAAAAGAAAUGUUUAUAAACGGUUUGCCUGUAAAUGGGACAUUUUCAUCUAGUAUUUCAACAAACAACUCAGCUGAUUCCUUGAAUACUUCGCUUAACACUCGAGCAAACCAAUCCGAAAGCUUGUCAAAUAGAACCACUGUGCUGGAUUCUUUUCAAAUAAAUACGUGGUAUCAGUCCAGAAAAGAACAUCAAGCCCUCGGUGUGAAUUUAGUGUUGUUACCUGUUGGUGCAUUAGUCUGUUUUCUUGUUAUGAUAUCGUUGCGCUUCUGCACUUGGCAGAGAGAGGAUCAAAAGUUUAAAGAGCGAGGAUGUAGUUAUGAUGUCACCAAUUACGUUAUUUUAAUUCAAGGUGAUGCAGACUACAGCGAUGUCGAUAUACGAUCAGAGACGCUAUCUAACUAUGACACAGUGAAUUCUUAUGUCUCUGGUGUACCCAAAAGCCCUUGGCGUGCUCAUUCAGCAAUGCCAUCCUAUGUUUCUCUCCAAAGUCGCAUUGACUCCCAAAUGUACGAUACUGUAACAUCAUAUCGAUCAUACCUUCAAAGUCCUCAUGGCAGAAAGGCAUUUAAUUUUGAUAAAAAGGACAUUAUAGAAAACGAUAAGAUAGUUAAUAGUAAACAAACUCCACAGAGACCUCGAAAAAUACCCGGUACUCGAUUUUCAAUCGUCCCGGCACUAGACAAUUAUAUGAGAUUAAAGAGUUUGAAUAAAUCCCCAUCACAGCCUGCAUCCCCCAAACUACUUCGCAUGGCCUCAGAAUCACCAGACACUCUGUCAUCAAAUGAAUCAGAAAUCGGUGCAAUGCCUCGAAGAAACAAAAAAAGCCGCGUUUCUUUCACAGAGAAAAGUAAAGAUUGUGGACAGAAUCGGCGACCAAGAAAAUGCAAAAUGGUCGACGCACAAACUCAAGUAGGUUUUCGGCGAAGUAAAAGGGCUUCUCAGAAAUCAAAUUCCACCACAAGCUCUUCCACGGCUUCAGAGACUGUUGAUUAUGUCAAUAAUGGAGGGGAAACUAAGGAAAAAAGCACAAGUGUGAGCCAAGAAAGUGUGCUGCAAAGUUUGAACAGUGAUUUCAAUCUUGCUAACAAUAUUAAAGUCAAAGCAGAAGUAUAUAACGUUCAGAAAUUCUGCAGUAAGCAUAAAGUAUGCGAUUCAAGUUGUGAUCAGACUGUUGAAGGCAAUAGAAACCUUCAAAACUGCUAUUUAACAAGCCAAAAUGAUAAACACUCAGCUGUGAAAGGAGUGAGCGAAGCUACUCAGUUUGAUUUUGUCUCCGAAAGAAUUCCUCUCUCUGUACCUGUAUCAAAUGACUAUACAGAGAUUCAAAUUAACAUAACUGAGAAUCCGUAUGGGAAUGUCACUCCUCCCAAAGAGCAGACGACAACCUCAAUGACGUCAUCUCUCUUAUGCUGCCCUAGCAUUCCGCCCAAAACCAAAUCCGAAACAGACUUGUUUAAAAACAACAACAACAAUUCAUCCAUGGAAAAUCUAUGUAGAAGAAAGAGUUGCGACAUAAUCCAAAAGUCGCGAGGUAAAAACGCAAAAAUUUCCCCAAUAGGUAUUCACAAGACCAGAUGUUUCUGUGAUAAUAAGAGAAAAUUUUCACUAGGUGCCAUAUCAAACGAUACCAAUUCCGUAUUCAAGUCUAAGAAUAUAGGAACUUCUUUGUCCUCCCUAAAGGAUGUUUUGAACAUAAGAAAAAAGAAUUGCGAACAGAAUGGUAAUUUGAUGCAAAAGUCUGAAAGUCGUACUAAUGUGGAAACCGUUUGAAUGUUUUCAGGAUUUUUUUUUUACAUAUUUGAUAUAAUAUUGUAAAGUGUAAUUUAUUUUUAGCAAAACACUAAACGAAUUUUUCAGUCUUUGUACUUGUAUGCUAGAUAACGCCCAUUUUCCUAUGAAUUUAUUACCCGAAAACCUCGCACAGUACCUAGAUAGCAUAAAAUCUUGGACGAUAAAACUGUACAGCCCAGAACUGAUUACUGUGUUUGUACUUGUAUGGUUCUUGUACCUAUAACAGAAUCACUCUACAAUACUGGGCCCUCUGGCUGUGUAUGCACGAUAUAGAUCCCUAAAAGUACUCUUGUUUGAAUCUUAAUCUCAGGAGUCAGAUCAAUUUAUUGAGCUAUAUAGAACACAGUGCACACUCUUUUUUAUUAUUGAAUGUCAUUCUGUAGCAUUUGUUAACAGGCAUUGUUAAUUUUAACGCGCACACCUACAUGUACAGUUUAAGAAAAUCUUUUGAUCGAAAUUUGGGUCGCGAAGAAUUGAUGGGGCGUGAUAACUUUCGACUGUUAAUUUAUAACUUUAUUAUCAUGGGUUCAGUAUCCUUCUGUGUAAUUUUUUUUUCUCCGUCAAUUUCAAUUCUUUUAUUUGGUAAUAAUCUUAAAGGGUUUAUUCAGACGCUUUCCGCUAUUGAGCGACACAGAUAGUUGAACCAAUACCACAUAACCUGGGACCGAUUAUUGUCCCCCAGUCUGUGUUAUCAAACUUUUUUCCUGCUAAACCCUCUUUCUUGCUUAAAAAAAAAUAAAAUAAAGGUGUAUCUUUUCACGGAAAUAGAAAGCACUAACCAAAAACAUCAAAGUCAUGCAUACUUUACACAAGCCAAUGGUGCAAAAAAUAGACCCAUGUUUUUCAGAAGUCAAUGAUGAUAAUUGUAAAUAUAUAUCUGAAAUUAUUUUGGGGAGAAAUCGGAAGUAGUUUAAGUUAAUUCACAUUUGGAUCCUAAGUAUAAACAAAAACUACUCGGGAUUGUUCUUUUUACACCCCCACUUUUACAAUUGGCAACAACAAUGGAUGGUAUUUUUACGUGAAAACAUCUUUGUAGCUCUAGAACAAAUCCACUAGACGUAAAUAAAUUGAAGGAGUAUUGCAAAUCAUCCAAAAGAAAGAAAAUGCACUUUACAUGAUCUCGACAUUAUGAAGACUGUAUAUUGUCCCGUGUAUAGAUAACGGGGAAAAAUGCUUCUAUUCAUUACAGAAAAGAAUUUCUUGCUUGAACGACCAGGAAACUCCAAAUUGUGAAUGUUUUAUCUUUUUUCAGUCCUUUGAUACCUUGACGUUCCUGUUUCGAAUAGUUUUGAAAUUUUAAAAUAUUUGAGUUACGUUACGAAAUGUAUGUUUUGGUAUGUAUGUAGCAGUCCUUUCAUUUGCCCCUUAGACACUAAAUUCGAUACCGUUUAUAUUUUUUAUAAUUAUCCAGAUGGCAAUGGCAUAGUACGUGUAAUGUCAAGUAUUUUAUUUUUUUCCCUCAAAGAUUUAUUCUGUUGUUUUAUUUUGUUAACUAAAGAUUGCACUGAUGGUAAGUAGGACUUAGCUUUGUUUGAAACGUUUUAAUAUAUUUGUUGUUUUAAUGAUAAGAUUUAAUGCCAUAUGAGAAAAGAUGGACUAGCAAGAGUACAAGUAAUUUUUUUUUCUUAAUUAGUUUUACCUCAUGAAUGUAUUAACCAAUUUUGUGUUCAAUUUCAAUGUGAAACAUUUACAUGACUACAAAAUACACAGUUAUUUAUUUCAUAUAUUUGGAGCAUUGUCUUUGUGAUCCUUUUCUAACUUGUCCAUACAAGCACAGAAUUAUUUUUACCUCUGUGCUUAUUUGAAAAUUAAUUGGGAUUGUAUGAUGCAUUUUGCAAUUUUGUUGACUUGAUGAAUAAAAUUAUUUUUGUACA